CCGAACUUUACUGAAACGUAGUCCUUAACAACCCGAUAGAUCCAUAGAAAGCCACAAGCGAACAAAACGUUUUUGUUAAUUUUUUGUUUUUAAAUAUUUCGUUGUAUGUUGAAAUUAAGAAGAAUGCGAUAUUUUGUGCUUAAUUUUAAGUGACUUUUUUUCAAAGUUUGUAGAACAUGAUUUUGUUUAAACAACAGACUUAGAUUAGUAUAAACAAAGAAGACAAGAUGCUUAUAACAAACCAAAGUUAUCUAAACGGGGCUGAUGGAGGCAUGGUGCUUGGCGCCAUCGCCGGCAUAGGAGUUCUUAUGUUGGUAGUGGUCCUUUAUGUAAGAAACAAAGGAUGGUGGUGGGGGACAGUGACGGGCAUGAGUUGCUGCGACGAAGCGUGCCCCCCAAUUUCAUCAAGACCUGUACCAUCACCGCCAGUGCCUAAUUCUAUCACACCAAUUACUUUAAAAAGUAAAUUAGUCAAAACCUACUCGAUAGACGGGGGCGACUCCAGUUCGGAAUCCGAGAUGGGCAGCUCGCGGAUCAGACAGCACAGCACCGGCUUAUCUUUGGGCACGACAGGGCCGUACUACCCGCCCAGGCCCGUGCACGACCUGAUGUCCCUCGUGGAAAAAGGCAGGGUCGGAAUGAGCAGCAACUCGUCUUGUUGCAGCUCCACCACCAGCUCCGUGGGAGAAAAGCACGGAGUACCAGCUGCCAAAGUUACAGCACAGAUAAAUGACGUGUUGACAAGGGCAUCAGUAGACUUAAGAGAAACAAAAAUCGACAAUCAAAAUAUAGACUACCAAAAUAUUGACGCAAUUUCACCUUGUGAUCAAAUUGACAUCAACAGUAAUAGAGAUUGCAUCGUGGUUAUGAAUCCAGAUAGCGAGGACAAGAGCGAGCUGUUGUCUUGCGGAGUAGGCUCGGAGUUGGCCGAGUCGGCUGUGAUCAGCAAGUGCGGCCAUUUGGAGAUCGCGUUGCUGUACGAUGCACCAAUGAGGAAAAUGACAGUUCACGUGCUUCAAGCUCGCGACGUGCCGAGCAGGGACCGUGGACAACCCACACACACCCAGGUGCGGUUGUUGCUUUUGCCGAGCAAAAAACAAAAGCACAAAACAAAAAUUCGACAAGGAGAAAAUCCCCAAUACAUGGAAAGUUUUCUUCUGCAUCGAGUUAAUCCGGAGGAUGUAAAUUCGAUGGGCGUAAGACUGCGUUUAUAUGGCUGUGAAAGAAUGAGACGUGAAAGGCUUUUAGGCGAAGCUAUUGUUAGCUUCGCCAAUAUCAAUUUGGAGUUAGAGAACAAUUUUUGGCUAAACCUCGAACCAAGAUCCAAUACAACGCUAAGCGGAUGCACUGGUGAACUUAUGAGCUUAGCAAGAUCCGAUAGCACUGGUUCCACGCAUUCCAUGCAACACGGAGGCGUGCCGGAAUUGUUAUUGGGGCUUUGUUAUAACGCCACCACUGGUAGACUUAAUGUAGAAGUUGUGAAAGGGUCACAUUUAAGGAACCUUUCUUUAAAUCGAGCACCUGACACAUACGUAAAACUAAACUUAGUGAGCAGUACAGGACAAGAACUGGCCCAAAGUAAAACCACUGUUAGAAGAGGUCAACCAAACCCUCUUUUCAAAGAAAUAUUUAUUUUCCAAGUGGCUCUAUUUCAACUGGCGGACGUUACCCUUAUGGUGUCAGUGUACAACCGCAAGGGGGUGACCAAAAAGAAAGAGAUGGUCGGUUGGUUCAGCAUGGGUCUGAACUCGAGUGGCGCCGAAGAACUGGCCCACUGGAUGGACAUGAAAGAAUUCCAGCAAGAGCAGAUUUGUCGUUGGCACAUACUGGUUCAAUCAUAGCCAUUUUACAGGCAGAUAGUUUAAGUUAUGUUUUAGUCAUUUCAUUUUAUUAUUUUAUUUUAAAUUUUGGUGAUAA